AUGACGAGCACCUCGCGGGCAGCGCCGCCGCUGAGCGUAGGGGCGGACUCAUCGGAAAUGCAGACGCCGCUCGUAAUGCAGCUCAUCGUCGAUCGCAAUUUGGCUUCCAGCCCAGACUGGGGAGUGGGUCCUUUGAUGGCGCAGGCAGCGCAUGCAGCAAUGGCGGUUGCCACCAAGACGGCAGCUCACCCUCUUACGCAAGAAUACGUGUCCGCCCCUCAUCUCAUACAUAUGCACAAGGUCGUCCUCCAGAGCCCCGAAAAGCAGAGCCUCCAAGAAUUAUCCGCCAGGCUCAAGGCUUCACACGAUACACUGGAAGGUUUAGAAAAGGAACGGUUUCCUGACCACUUUUUAUGGAUCGAACAGCCCGAGAAUAUCCCGACGGUUUUGGCCAUCGCGCCGAACCGAAAGCCGCAGGCACUCAAGAAGAUCCUCAACAAGUGCUCCUUACUCCGCGGUUGA